AAUUUCUUUUAUUAUAGAUUAUAUUGCCGUUUGCAAUGGCGGCUCUGGUUUCUGCCAAGACUGAAUACGGGGGGAGCCAAGUAGGAUACGGAGGAAGCGCAGGACUUGCAGGAUACGCAGGAAGUAAUGGUGGAGGAUAUGGAGGCAAUGGUGGAGGAUACACAGGAGGUAAUGGUGGAGGAUAUACAGGAAGCGCAGGAUUUGGAGGAAUGGAGGCUACAGGGCAGGAACAGGAUAUGGAGGAAAUGGUUGUAGGAUUUGGAGGGAAUGCAGUAGGAUACGGAGGAACUGGCGGAGGAUACAGAGGAAGUGUAGGAGGAUACGGAGGCAGUGACAGUGGCUACGGCGGUACUGGAAGGGCAUACGGAGGUGAUGGAAGCAGGUACAAUGGCGGUGCAAGAGGCUACGAUAGAGAAUGGAGGUUAUGGACCCCAGGAUUCUUUACGGACGAUUCCUUCGAAUCUGGGGAGGACUACGACAUCUUCGACCUCUACGAUUGAAAAAAUGAGAGCUAUUUCACCGUCGGUUUAAACGAAAGUACAGCCAACCGUUAACAGAUGAUUCCUGAUAAUUUGGUCAUUCAAAUCAACAAUUUUUUUUGUACUCAGCAUUUUAGAUAAGAAUGAUUUACAGGUUAGUUUCGUAUCGAAUGAAUUAUGCUGAACACCGUUUUGACAAAAUAAAAUAUUUUGAUGCCUUAAAAUGUCUUACACUUAGCCUAGUUCCAAAGGACGACACAAAAACUAGAAAUGUAUCUUCUCAAUUUCAAAGGUUUAAUGAAUCUUUAUCCUAGUGGGCCUUUACCGUGAAGCUUCAUUAAUGAUAUAGUCUUUCAUAAAGAGUUUUCGUCGUUAAUAUACAUUUAGGCUUAAUUUUCAAAAAAAUAUGUCUAGGUUUCAGAAUGAUCCCAAAUGAAAUUGUGCUAUUAAUCUAAAGAACAACUUUCUUAUGCA